CGCAUCCCUCUGGCCCUGUUCUCUCAGCCUGGAAAACAUGGCUGCUCCGGCGGCAGCGAGGAGCUCCAGUCCGGGGCUCUGCCCGAGCUUCGCAGUGGUCUGCUCCUUCCUGGAGCGCUACGGAGCGGCGCUCGACCUGCCCGAGAUGACUUUCCCGCAGAUGGAGCGCUAUCUCCGGGACACAUCGACAGUUCCUAAGCCGCUGGUGGAGCUGCAUGUGAAGCUGCUCAGAAAGCUGGGGAAGUCCGUCUCUGCUGACCGCUGGGAGAAAUACCUGGCUAAGGUUUGCCAGGAUCUGAACAGCACCUGGGCAUGGGAGCUGGAGCAGAAGGGCUACCAGGAGAUGACCAUGGAGUGCAAGUCCAGUAUCCUCAAAUAUCUCUGCGAGUGUCAAUUUGAUGACAACUUGAAGUUCAAGAUGGCUAUCAAUGAGGAGGAUCCAGAGAAGAUGCGCCUGCAGCCAAUUGGUCGGGACCGGCAGGGUUUGAUGUACUGGCUUCAGCUGGACCAGGAGCAGAACAUCAGGCUGUACACUGAGGAGCAGGACGACCUGGACGGAUCCACCUGGAAGUGUAUAGUCAGAACUCGUAACGACCUGGCAGAGGCUCUGGAGCUGCUGAAGGCCCAGGUAGAACCAAACCAGGAACAGGACCAGAGGAGAUCCAGGAGCACCAGCCCUGCCGAAAGAGAGAGCAGAGAAGACAAAGAAACAGAUUUUCAAGAGGGGAUGACAGGACACCAGAAGAAGCCUGAAUUAGUUGGUGAGAACUUGAAGGAUAGGACCUGUCGCACCAAGCCUGAUCCCUUCAGGAAUACAGAGGAGCACACUAACAGCAAGAUGGCGGCACUUGUAAAGGAAGAAGAACUUCUAAAGAAAGUGAUAAAGCAGGAGGAGGCAGAGUCUAUUAAGCAGGAAAACACAGAGGUUGAAGUCAAACCAGGUAAAACAGACAAGAAAGAGGAGAAGAAAGCAGAGAUGGCAUCACUGGUCAUCGACAACCGUGUCAGCACGAUCACCACCAUUGUCAAAUCAGAAUCCAGGGACACUGACAUCCCUAGCAAUGCCGUGUCUGUUGUCAAAGCGCCGGCAUCAGUCAAGACAAAACAGGAAGCAAUCAAGGAGGACGAAGCAGAGAGGGCUGUUGUCAGGAGCAACCAGCAGGCCAAGAUACCACUGAAGAAACGAGAGCUCAAGCUCGCUGAGGGUUUCCAGGGCAACCGACACCAUGGCAACCACCUUAACAAAAACAGCAGUAGCAUUAUUGUUUGUAACCCCACGGUGAUCCAGACAAAGGACAGUCAGGGCAAAGAGGGGAAACUGUCUAACUCAUUAGUGCCACCUGUUGGCCUGGUUCCGGCACAGCAACAGCCUCAACGAGCGGAUGCAGCAUCCAUGCCGGAGCUGACUAAUGGGAGAAUGCCUCUCAAGGAUGGACAGAAUGGGUUCAUUGGGGUCAUAGGUCAAGUUGGGGUGAUUGGUCAUGUUGGAGUGAUUCGCAGCCCAGUGUUGGAGCGCCACAGAGCACCUGCCAACGAGCAGCAGGAACAAAAUGGGCCAAGUUUGGACCAGCGGAGCAUCACAGCUGGGGGGGAGGAAGAGAAGGAGGACAAGAGGUGGGAGGGAGGAGAGAAAGCUCCAGAGAGGGAGGUGAGUCGGCAGUCAGUGCUGGUAAGGAAGGCGCCCAUCGAAGGGGAGACAGCAGCAGCAGAGGACCCUCCUGGUGUGCUUAUGGAGGCUCAGACAAGAAAACUACCACUAUCAUCAUUAUCAUCAUCCCUCCAAUCUGACAGACUCCCUAAAGCUGUAGAGAGAGAAGACCAGUCGGUGUUGGCCAGUGUUUCCUCUCUGUCCCAGUCCAAACAGGAGCUGAAGAAACAGACUGCAGAAGAUGAUGGUAAAAAAGCGAGAGAGGAGAGAUCAGGAGAGGGGGCAAAAUCUGGAAUCAGCAGUCACGGAAAGAAAGAUGAAGACUUGGCAGAGGAGGAGGAGAGCAGGACAGAGGGACCUGGGUGUCCUGGGACAGAGGCAGAGAGGGACAAGGAUCAGACAAAGAAGAACAGCACUUCAGGUAAAACAGAUGCAGAAUCAGAGAGCAUUGCUCCACCUCUCAAAAAAGGAGAACAGCAGGAUCAAGGGGAUCACCAAGGAGAGGGAGCCAGCGUCAGGUCGGACAUCCAGCUUAGGCUGAAGGACACUGGGCGUGGAUCACAGGACAAACAGGGUCCUCUGGAGGAAGCUUCCUCGGAGCUGCAGAAAGAAGGCAUCAGGCUGAAGAUCAAGAUUCCUCCCCACCGGAGAAACAAGCUCAAGGGAAGAGAGGGGAAGGAGGAGGAGAAAGAGAAGGAGCAAGGGGAAGUAAGGUCACUGAGGAGAUCUGCAAGGAUUUGCAGAUCCUCUGCUUUGCCGAUCUGCAGGCCGAGCUCAAAGGUGGCUGAGAGCCAGCGCAAGAAAGCAGAGAGGAAGCAGGCGCUGCCUUCUAGAGUGAAGGAGGAGGAGGAAGAGGAGGAGGAGGAGGAAGAGGACGAAGAACAGCAGAGGUCACCACCAAAGAAAGACAGAAAAGCAGAGUCUGUUGGGCAAACAAGAAAACGAAGGGGUAAACGGAGGCAUCGGCGUGCCAGGUGGUCCAACCCUCGGUCUAAGAGGCGUAAACUGAAAGAGGGAGUGCAGGAGGAGGAGAGGGGCAGGGGGCAAAGGGACGAGGAGGAGGACAAACGGAGGGAGCGAGGGGAGGAAGAGAUGGAAGGAGGGAGCGACUCUGAGGAGUCCAGUCAGUCCGAGGAGGUUCCCAACGAAGACGCCUGCACACACUGUGGCCUGCCCAACCACCCUGAACUGAUCCUGCUUUGUGACUCUUGUGACAGUGGUUACCACACUGCCUGCUUGCGGCCGCCUCUCAUGCUGAUUCCAGAUGGAGAGUGGUUCUGCCCGCCCUGCCAACAUAAGCUGCUGUGUGAGAGACUGGAGGAGCAGUUGCAGAAUCUGGACAGUGCUCUAAAGAAGAAGGAAAGGGCUGAGAGGAGGAGAGAGCGUCUGGUCUAUGUGGGAAUCAGUGUAGAGAACAUCAUUCCUGAGGGAGAUGAAGAGGAAGAGGAGAAAUCAGUGAAGAAGAAAGAUUCCAAAAAGAGUAAAAACCUUGGGAGGAGGUCGACCAGAACCAGGAAGUGCAUCAGCUACAGGUUUGAUGACUUUGAUGACGCCAUUGAUGAGGCCAUAGAGGAGGAUAUCAGAGAGGUUUGUGGAGGAGGUGGGGGGCGGGGCAAAGACAUGGCCUACAUCCUAUCAGAAGAGGGGAAGGAGACCCAGCGACCAAUCAGAAGCCAGGCUCGUUCUGCACGGAACAGGAGGAGGCGGAGACUGAACGACCUGGAGAGUGAUAGCACUGUCGCGGAGAGCGAAGAGGAGUUCAUGCUCAGCAACAGCUCAGAAGAAGAGGAGUUUGGUCUGUCGGGGGUGGAUGACGACGAUGAAGAUGAAGUUGACGAUGUGGGCAGUGAUGCUGGCAGCUCGGCCAGUGGGGCGUGCUCCAGACGGGCACCUAAAUACCGACCCAGCAUGACCCAGCGCAGGGCCAGGAAAAGGCUGAGACAACCAAGGAGACGCUUUUCUGAGGAAGAGGAGGAGGACAGCAAUGAAGAGAUGGACUCUGAGCGGUCAUCAGACAAGACCGACAGUGACGUAGACAGGAAGAGACGGGGUGGCCUGAGGCGAGGCCAGCACCAGCAGGUCAACUACUGCGAGGCGUCCGAUUCGUCAGACAACUCCCAGGCAUCCACCAAUAAGGACAAAGUUAAAUCCUAUGGCAAAAAGCGCAAGCAACAUCUCUCCAGUGACUACAGUGAUGCAUCGGCCUCCUCCAGAGACUCAGAAGAUGAUGAUGACUAUGAAGAGGAAGAGGAAGAUGACCAGAGGAGAAGAGGGAAGAGGAGGAGGAGAGAUGAAGAAGACUUAAGAAGAACCAGGAGGAGGGUAGAGAGGAGGAGAGAUGAAGACGCUGAGGAAGAGGAGGAGGAUGAAGAAAGAGAGAUGAGGAGGCGAAUGAAGAGGAGGCUAGCGGAAGAGGCAGAGACGGAAAAGCUGAGGAGGUUGAAGAGGAAAGAGAAGGAGGAGGAGGACUUGGAGAAGAUGGGCAGGGGUAAGAGGAGGGAGAUGCUGUCACAGCAGCGCCGCAAACGGCUAGCCCAGAUGCUGAGGAAACGACGGCCGUCGACCGAUGAUGAGGACGAGGAAGAAUCGGAGGAGACCGAAUCGUCAUCUGAAGAGGAUCGUCCGAUCCGCAAAAGACUCAACCGCAUCGACUCUGAUGAUGAUGAUGAAGCGGAGGAAGAGGACGAGGAAGAAGAUGACAACGAGGAAGAGGAAAGGCAGGACACAUUGACCAAAAAGUCUUCAGCCGCAGAGAGAAAUUCUCGCAUUACCGAGGCCGAAAACAAGGAUGACCAUGAUGCUCAGGAAAAGGGGAGGGACCGCAGCCCGUCCCCAUCAAAUGGACAUCGGACAUCCAGAGGCCCAACAAACCCCGGGGCCGGAAAUCCUGCUGUAUCCAGGGACAGUGCAGGGUUGGGCAGGCAGGGCCGGCGCAAUGGUCCCUUAUAUCCAGAGGAGGACGGCCAGACGGACUUAUUGAACUCUGCAAAGAACAGUCCACAGUCAUGAUGGCUGUUUGUGUGAAUAAUGCUGGCUAGUUUUUUUUUCUUUUAUUCUUUUAACUGUCAUGCCUUUCACCAACAACCACCUUUUUAAAAAAAAAAAAAAGAAAAAACUGGAUAUCUCUCUCCCUUCCUCUGUCCCCUCUACCUCUUUUUCCUCUUUCGUUCCACCUUUUGCCUCUUUCCCAUUUUUUCCUCUUCACCCUUUUUUCCUCUUCACCCUCCCUCCUCUUCCUCGCUGCUGUAUUGUGGUAGAGUGCUAUCCAUCAUGACUUGCCAUCACAAUAGAAACUCACUAGCACCCAGUGUUGCCCAUCAUCGCCCCUGGCACAUUGUAACAGCCAGCCUACCGGACCAAAAGCAUCCUAGACCAGGAGUGGCAGCACUUCAUGUUUCAGUGGACACACACACACACACACACACACACAUACAUCCAUACAUAUAUUCACACUCACAGCUAGACGUUGAGCUGUUGUCUCCUUAAACUCUAUGUCAGCCCAAGCCAGGUUGUGUCAUUGCCUCUUUCUGGUGUGUGAGCCGCUGACAAGCCACCGCAGGAUGAGCCUAAAUUCACUCCAUCUGGGCCAGAAAAGGUUUAAAAGUGUCUGGUUCAAAUGGACACAGUGGUCCAUUCAUAGCAUACCUCAUUUUAAAGCACUUCGUCAUUCUCAUGGCACUUAAUAACCCACUAGCGAGGCCACUGAGUGUCCCAGUGUCAAACCGAACACUUGGCUAGUCGACCCCUGGGUGAGGUGGCUGCUGGGUGAGGUUGGAGAGACCGUCCUAUUACCAGACCGGCCCACAUUUGAACUACACAACAGCCAAAAUGUCUGUUCAAACUGUAGAGUCUCUACCUGCUUAUUCAUGCUACGUUACUCAUUUAAAUAGCCAAAUACUCCUAAGAGGUCACACGUCCCCUUGUUUUUUCUCACUCAUUGAAAUUGUGAAUAUGUUCACAUGCACACUAAUAAUAUGCCUCAGUCAAAGCAAUAGUACAGCUACUGCCUUGUUGAGAUCAAGUUUUUGAUACAUUGGGGCAUGUAAAUGGCUUUGAUUUGUGUAGGCUUUCAAACUACACAUCAAAAGUCACCAGACACUGUAACCUAGACGUAUUUAUAAAGCCAAUAAUGUGAUGCAGUGCAUAUAAACAUAGAUAUUAUCAAAACAUCACAAUAAUAUGUAUAGAUUAUUAAAAUAAUCUAUGAAAACCAGGUCACUGGAGAAAACCCAAGCAUGGGAAUAAAACUGAAAUUUAGCUGUAAUCAGAUUGCACCUUGCAAGGCAGACAAACAGUUUCCUGUCACCCACUCUGACUACACCUGCUCUAUUGGCCAUUUAUCAUUUGUGUCUACAAAUCUUAACAGUCGAAACUGACAUUUUACAACUUUGUAUGAAACCUCAAAAAUGUACUAGAAAGAGUGGCUGGUCGAAACAAGCUUAUUCUGAGAAUGUAAUCAAGCUUUUGUGUAAGUUAUCCUUAAAGGAAACUUGGACAAAUUUUUUUACACUCAGAGUCAACUUGGUAAGCCCCCGCAGCAGAAUACAACAUUUCCGAAUCCAUAUUGGUUCUGUUGCCAAUAUUGUGUUUUAAAUCCUGUAAUACUCUGUUACGUAUUUGUUUAUGGCUAUUCCAACUGACCUGAACAUGUUCAGUUUUAAGGUUUGUUUUUGAUAUUUAGCUUAAGAUCAUUGAGAUUUUCUCUAAUGUUCUCCAUUUUCUAUACUCAAACUCAACUGGACAUAAAACACAAAUCAAUAAAACAUGGCAUCAGGAGGUGAUUCAGGCUAAAUAGGGGGAUGACACACUGGUCAUUUUGGUAUGCAGGGAUCAUAGAGGAUCCAUCGGUCAAAGUAGAGGAUCCAACUAGAAUGGCAGACAUACAGCGCCAGACAUCCAGCAGCCAAAGUGUUCGGUUUCAGAUUGGCAACUUCGUCUUUCCAUAUUUUCACCAAGCCUUGUGUUGGUCUGCACAUGUUUGCUGUACAUACUCUGUCUGUAUGCUGUUCCUUGUAAAAUAAUAGAUGUUCUGUUCUCUUAGUCCUCUUGUAAAAUAUAGUGUUAUAUUUUCUAUAUGAAGGAGAGGAGGAUAGAUGCUGCUGUGAGUGAUGUGUGGGUCGUUAGGGUUUCAAUUGUGAGUUCAUCAGCAGUUAAGUUGUUUUGUUCAUUUGAGGCUCUGCAGCCAAUUGCUUUAUGUUUGCAAAAUUCAACCAGCCUGGAGCCUGUUCAGGAGUGCAAUUUUUCACACGUUAACAAAAGAAACAAAUAGUGUCUUGUUUUAAAGCCCAGCAUCUUCUAUCUGAAGGAGUUUAUAUUUCACGUCCCUGAGGCAAACCCCAGAUAAGAGAGUCUAGUUUGGAGUUUUUAAGAAGGAAAGAGGUUUUGAUUUGUUUUAGGCUCAGUUUAGGAAAUGAACACCAGUAACCAGCCAAAUUCUCCCACAUGUUGGCAGGGCUGUUUUGUUUUGUUUUGUGUUGUUUUGUUUUGUGUUGUGUUGUUUUGUUACCAGCCACCUUAGAUGGUAGCCAGCCAACAUUUGAACACCUUUUUAAAACCAUUUGCUUGUUAAAGUAGAUAAUGAUGUUGGUGAAAUGAGGGAUUACACAGAUAAAACUUAGUCAAGUGGUUAAAAUGGAAGAAUUCUUGUAACUGUAUACAGUCAAGUCAUUGUUUAGGUUUUAAAUUAAAGUUUUUCUCUUUGUCCACUCUCCCUCUAGAAAGAGCUUGGUCUGGUUUUACCACGUUACUGCCUCUAUCCCACGACUGAGAAAUACUGGUUCCAAUUAUUUUAUUUAAUGAUUUCCCCCUUCAAUUGACAAACAGUUAGACAUGACAUCAAAAGUUACUGACACCCUACUAUCUCUUUCUGUAUUUCUGUCUGUCUUUUUUAAUCAAUUUUCUGGAAAAGGAUUUUGGAGCUGAAAACAGCAACUUGUCUGUCUGUGGCUUGGGUUUUGAUCUUUUGAGACUGUACAUGUUCCCGGUUUUCUUUGGAUCCACAGUUGAUGCAGCUGGAGAGAAAAAGCCUGCAUGACUGAGAUAGUUCCACAUGGAUACAGUUCUCUCAGCUUUAAAUCUGUCUGCCUUGCUGAGUACUCUCUGAAACAGUGUUUUCAAAAUUAUGGGUUGGGACGUAGAGUAAAAUUUGCUUCUUAAAUAGUUGUAAUUUCUUUUAAUUAGCCCAAGUCACAAUCAGAAGAUAAAUGCACUCAGUUUGGGUCCCCACAUUACCUUACAGGUAGGUUGUAACUGGUGUUAUUGCUAGGAACAAUGUGAACUUCCUUCAUUCGGAUGCAGCACUGAAAGCACUAAAAGUAGUUUGAAAUUACACUAAAAUUGUUUUCAAGUUGCAAAACUCUUAAGGCAUGACUUAUACAUAUGACAGAAAGUGCAGUUUAUUAUGCAAUCAAGUGGAAUUUCCUGUCCAUGUAAUGUACCUUGGACCAUCUCAAGAAGUGCAGCUGGAUGAGGUCAAAGGAUUGUAUUCUCCGAGAUCUUGAGAAGUCAUAAAACAGAAAAUGCACACUCAUGAAACUACUGAAAACAAUUGUAAUUAUUAUUAUUUUUUCAAACGGUCUGCUUUUGCACAGUAAGAAUAGUUUUGUAAAUAACCUUUAAGAGAGGUUUUUGUGCUGAAUUCACAGUCUGCUGUCAGCGUACAGUUCUUACAGGGCAAGAUUGACCAAGAGAAAGUGAAAAGUGUAUUUUCAAAGCUGUAUUUCAUCUGUGCAAAAUAUGCAUUUGUCACUUGUCAGAAGAUUAAAAUGGAAGGUUGCUGAAUAAGAACUGUACAACAGAAAGAGCAGUUAAAGUGAAACUGUGCAACUGAUUUUGUAUGAAAAGGAGAGAAUUUCUGUGUUUUUACUUUUUUACUUCCAUUUCAUUUUAAAAUUAGAUGUGAACAUUUAGUGAGUCUGGCACUUUACUACAUUUGCCUCUAUGUACCAAGCAUCUCAUGUAAUGAGUGCUGACAUACAACAAAUAUAGAUUGAAUCAUAGAGAAUUUUCCGUAGGCAUGUAAGCUUACCAGUAAUCUUAGAUCGUGGCCUUAAGACUAAUUUCUGAAAAAUGAUCUUUGGUCAUAGACUGUAUCUUAUUGUUUAAUCAUUUCAAAGAACUUUAAUAAAAAAAAAAAUGUUUAUACCAUUGAAACCUCCUAAUGAUAAAUGUUUAGUUUUAGCUUUUGAUUUAUCAAAGAAAUUUGGAGAAAAUCAUUGUAACUGAGUGAUUUUGGCAUCAAGGUUAGUUUUUGAGAAAUAACAUCUUUUGGCUCAAUUUUGGGUCAUAAGCAGCAAGAUCUGUGCACAAGAACCUUUUCGAAACAAGGCUGCUGGUUUAGCAAAAGCAAGAUCAUUGUAGCCCUUUGGGUGAAAAACUGAGCAGAGAUCAUGGUUAACACUUCUUGGAGUAACCAGGGCUGGAAGUCCUAGUUCCUAAAAGCUUGGUACAUACUGGCUCUGCUCUCUCAGGCAGAUUGAAAUGGGCUGGUUGCAGACGUAGGUUGAACAGCAUUGGCUAAAUAAUCCCUAGCAUCUGUUUUAUGCCAUUUGGAGGACCAGGUGGGUGGUGUUUACUGCGUCAGUAAACUCAGUAAACUCAUUCACAGCAAAGUACUUUUCUGUGAUGUAACGAUCUAUGGUUUCUGGGAUUCUUUUGUCCUGCGUGAAAAGCAACCCACCUGUUUGGCACCUAAGUACUCAUUAACAAACCGCACAAAGAAAACACAAAUGCUGUUUGGCCCGAGUCUGAUGGGUUGCACAGAUAUGGAUUAAGCCUUUUAGAUGUCUACAUCAGAAAUAGGACAGAUAAGUAAGCAUCUUCAUCAAAACUCAUUGUUGUGUUUUUCCAUCUGUUGAUUAAACUGUUAUGAACAUGAAGAUUACCAUCCUCAGUGGAGCAUUUAGCUGGUUUAACUGAUGUCAGACCAGGCAUUUUAGACAAUACUAGAGUAUUUGAUUUGGUCAUUUUAAUGUAAAAAACAAAACAAAAACUAAUUGUAUAAACUGUAUAUGUCAGGGUGACCCACAACAGCUUUUCGUUGAUUUGGAAAGCUGCAAUAUUUUACUGCCUUUUAAAUGGCAAAUUACAAAAAAAAAAAAAAAAAAACACUGUUGAACAAUUACAUGAAAAAAUAAAGGACAAAAAAAAAUACAGGACAAACUGUCAUGAGAGCCUGUUGUCUGCAGCUUUUCCACCAUUACUGGAGCAGUUGACUGGUUGAGAUGCGAUUCUUACUAAAAGUUCAGUACACCUGAUCUCUGCAACUCUAGUUUAAACCCAUGUUUACAUGUGGUUUAAGCUUUUAACACAGACUCGUGAUAGUUCAGCUAGACUGGAUCUUGGUACUUCAGUAUGCUGAUCGCAAUGUACACUGAACAUUAUUCUUUUUUCUUUUUCUUUUUUUGUGAAAUCUAUUUCAGAAGCAAGCAGGCUUAAUCUGUGUUCGUGCCACCAGCCCAUAAUUGUUCCACUGAAUGUGAUGUAGAUCUGUUCUCACUGUUCAAAAAGCCUCUGUGGCGGUUUCUAUUUGUUGAAAAUGUCCAGUCCAAGUAAUGUGGAAUAAAACAGGCACCACCAGUGUGAA